ACUAAUAUCCGAGAAAAAUUUGGAUUUCAUUUGGUUUUAGUUUGGUUUCGGUUUUCUGGUAAUCCAUAUUAAAAACAGAAAAUUUGGUUUUCGAAUUAAAUAUCAGAUUUUUCGGAUUUUUGGAUAAAAUUUUGAAUAAUUUGGAUAAUUAAAAUAUUUUAGAUAAAAUUUAUUAUGGUAAUUUUUUUUUGGUAUUUUGGUUUGUAUGUAGUAUUUUAAUUGAUUAGUUUAAAUGCAACAAUGACUGUUUUUUUUGUGCACAAUAAUGACUGUUAAUAUUUACUUGUAUAUAAACUAUAAACUAUAUUAUAUAAAUUUGGAUACUUAUUCGGUUUUUGGUUCGGUUCCGAUUCAGUUUUGAUUUUUUGGUUUUAGAGAUAUAAGUCGCUCGGGUAAUUCCUGAACCGAUAAGUGUGCCCAGCCCUAAACAUACUCAUCCGAAGAAACAUUGUGCUUACUAAUCAGUAGAGGUCCAAUAAACAGUGUUCUUAUUCAUCAAGAAAUCACUAAAACCAAAGAUGGCGAGAUUAAAUAAACCAUUUCUCUUUCUCAAAACUCUCUGAAAACAAUUACCAUCCCUUAUAUAAAACUCAAAACAAAGGAGUCAGGUUCCUUGCUCUUCACUCUACAUAAUCUUUUUUAAAAAUGACUCUCCUACCCUUUUUUGGUGUAAUUAGUAACUACUCACUCUUCAUAAGCGCGUGAGAUUCCAACGAUUCGGUUAGUGUGGAGUUUCACACGCACUUACAAACCCUAACGGUCUAAGCACUCGCGCCAUAUAUUAGAAGAUCUUUAACUUGUUUCUUCUUCUACGCUCUCUCAUCUUUCUCUCUAGAAACUUCUCUCAUAUCUGGCCAUGGCUACUUCUCCAACUGAUAAAGACGAAGUGCAGAGAGAGGAGGUUGAUCCCGCCAAAACAACCGAAGAAGAAGUCAAUGAAGAAGCUAUCGAGAGCUCUCUUAAUCAGAAUCGUCAAGAAGACGCGAUCGCGAUUCGUACGAGUGGUGAAACGAUGGAACGUGGCUCAACCUCUUUUGCAAGUGAACAACAGAACCCGUAUAGUCCUUGCCCCUAUCUUGGUGGCAUUCAGUUCAAUACAGAGGAGGAAACUUUUGGGUCAUUAGGAUUCUCGUCCACGAUUUAUAGGAGUGGUCAAAUGAUGGAACGUGGCUCAGCAUCGUUUGCAAGUGAUCUCAACCGUCCUCUUGAUUCUAAUCCCAACACUUCUGCUAUUAGUCUCAGCAUACAAGACCAAGCAACUGAGAACCAGAAUCGUCAAGAAGACUCGAGCACGGUACAUCCCAAACUUUGUGAUGAUCAAGAACUCUUUUAAGUGAUUAGAGAGUCUAAGCAUAUUGUUUAUGUUUUGCUAUGCUAUGCUUCUUGUCCUGCCAUUAAUGUUGGAUUAGGUUUAGUCGUACAAGUGGUAGAGUCUAGGUCUAUUGUCUCUGGUUAUCUCUGCUUCUUGUGCCCACCAUUAACGUUGGCUUAGGUUAGUCCUAGUCUUGUUACUAAUGAUCCAGGUCUUAUUCAGUUUCAUAGGAGUGGUGAAACGAUGGGACGUGGCUCAAUAUCGUCUGCAAGUCAACAGAACCGUGGUCUUGUUCCUUCUGGCGCUCAAAUGUCUCAACAGAUGAUGAUGCCUCAUCCAUAUCAGCAGGAGCGACCAGUUGCACAUUUUCAAAUGCCUCAUCCAUAUCAGCAGGAGGGAUCAGUUGCUCCUUUUCAAAUGUCACAACAGAUGAUGAUGUCGCAUCUUAGACCAAGUGUGCCUCCAUAUCAGCAGGAGCGACCAGUUGCACCUGUUCAGAAUGAGUUUACUCAGCAAAGGGGAAAGCGGAAAGUGUAUGAGGCAGGUGAGAGCUCCUCCUCCAGGAAAAGGCAAAACCAUCAGCCUGGUAUGAGCCAACAGCAUCUAUGGCAAAUUGAAGCUCCUAGGGAUUCAGAGGGGUAUCAAGAGUACUUGGAGCGUCUAGGAGGAUCAUCAGGUGGAUCACUUGGGGCUUUUAGUGCUAGGCAUCCCUUGAACCAGGGAAGGCAAAAUCAGCCGCCAUGGAUGAACUACAACCAGCCGCAGCAACAAGCAGUGAGGCCAGUGAUGAACUACAACUACAAUCAGCAGCAACAAGCAGCGAGGCCAGUGAUGAACUACAACUACAAUCAGCAGCAACAAGCAGUGAGGCCAGUGAUGAACUACAACUACAAUCAGCAGCAACAAGCAGUGAGGCCAUGGAUGAACUACAACUCCAAUCAGCAGCAACAAGCAGUGAGGCCAUGGAUGAACUACAACUACAAUCAGCAGCAACAAGCAGUGAGGCCAGUGAUGAACUACAACUACCAUCUGCAGCAACAGCAAUUCCACCAAGGACAACAACGCUUUAGGUUCCCCAUGAAUAUGAUUCAACACCACCAAGCUUCUCCCAGUGCAGCAGUACCACCACCGCCUGAGCAGGUAAAUCAGCAACUUCAGCCUCAAACACAACAGCCAAGGCAGUUUCAGGGGUCUAACGCUGAUGAACCAUCGUCUUCACGCCAAGGUCAAGGCUAGAGCAGAAGAGGUUAGGUAAAAAGUAAAAGACGAUUUUCUUUCAAAAAAUAGACUUCAGAUUGAUUUUGAUAAUUGUAAAUGAAAUACUGGGUACUGUUUUAGUCAAAGAUCUGUUUAGAAACCAGUAUGUUCUCCAUUAAGAUCUAGAAGCGCCUCCUUAUAGGAGAGGCUGGAGAUUGCAAUGUAUGUGAGGUAAUGAAACUCAAAAUUGUACAGUGCUUGUGUUACACUCAAUAGAAACAGUUAAUACAAAACGAUCAUUGUAUCCCAAAUGUUUCUAAUAUAAAGCAAUAACAGUAGACAAAAUUUUUUUUUAUAGCAAGCUGGAUUGGAUCAGAAACACGUUAAGGGAUUUGAAAGACACAAAAAUGGAUGUUCUCUGUGUCUAGCAAGUUUUGGUUUCUCUAUAUUGGUGUCGAUCAUUUUUACAAUGGACCCUUCUUUUGUGGUGUUGAUCAAUUACCAUUAGAUAAAUGUUUUUUUAUGCUUAGAAGAAUCAAAUGCGGACAUUUCAAGAUGUGACCAUCCAAGAUCAGUUAGCAAUGUUCUAGUUGUAAUGAUGAUAAUGAUCUGAGGGUACUUGUCUCAGAUUAGUGGGGGAGUUUUGCCUUUCGUGAAUCUUGAAUCUAUCUCUAUAUGUAAUCAUUGUUCCUUAAAAACAACAUGUACCUUAAAACGUAGAUUCUCCCAUUUUGUUUCUACUGCUCCUGUAUUUUUCUCUUCUUUUAGUAUGUGUGUUUGUGUCUGUAACAUACUCACCUGAAGAAACAUUGUGCAUACUAAUAAAUUGGAAAUCUAAUAAACUUUAAUUAUUCUUCCUCUUCAAGAAUCUCUAAAACCAAAGAUGGUUAUGAUAACGACCUCUAGUGUCAAAUUGUGUGUUUACUUGAUUCUUUGAAACUUGUUUGUACUAAAAAAAAAAAGUAUGUAUAAUUUGCUGUGUUGUUGUGUUCUUUAUAGUGCGUGUAACUUUAUUCAUAUUUAACAUUGUAAAACAAAGCUGUACUUUGUUAGUUACCGAAAGGACUUGCAUUGUGCGAAAAUGUAUGUUGUUUGUUUUGUUGCUUA